UCCUUUCAUUCACAAUCAAAAUCAAAUUAAAUAAUUCGAAAAAUUCAUAUAUCGCUUUCAGUAAUCUAAACAGAAAAUACAAUCGAUAUGGAUAUCAGUUUAAUGGGAUUGGACACUCCUCUGUUUCUACACAAUCUUCAUCAUAUCCUCAACGCUGCCAAUGAUUCCGAUAUCAAAACAUCAUCAUCAAACAACAAUAGCAAUGUCGGGGAACCGGGUCGGGCUUACGUCAGAGACGCAAGAGCAAUGGCGGCAACACCAGCUGAUGUGAAAGAAUACCCGAACUCAUACGUGUUCAUAAUCGACAUGCCCGGUUUGAAAUCUGGAGAUAUAAAAGUGCAAGUUGAAGAUGAGAAUGUUUUGGUGAUAAGUGGAGAAAGGAAAAGAGAGAAUGAACAAGGAAAAGAAGGUGUCAAGUAUGUACGGAUGGAGAGGAGGAUUGGAAAAUUUAUGAGAAAGUUUUCGUUGCCAGAGAACGCGGAUACGGAUAAGAUAUCUGCGGUUUCUCAAGACGGAGUUCUUACUGUUACUGUUGAGAAAUUGCCUCCGCCUCAGCCUAAGAAGCCCAAGACCAUUCAGGUUCAAAUCGCUUAGACCGAUUGGGCCUGAAAUCGGAACGUUUAGGUGUUGCUGGUGAUGUUUUAAUGAAGAUAAGUUGGAUGUUAGUUUUCGAUUAGAUUUUAUUUUGAGUAAUCUGGUUUGUUUGUUUGGGUUUGCACUGUUUUGUUAAUGGUGUUAAUGUGAUGUAAUCCAACUUAUUUGUGUGUGGUUUUCUACCCAAUUUCACAAGCUUGCUUCUUGUUUGGUAA